AUGCACCAUAGAAAGAGACAGAAAGCAACUAACGCCCCUUUGUACGACGUGGCUUCUCUGCGAUGCGUCACAGUGGCUCUUUCUGCAUCUGGGUCCUACAUUCUCCACGUGUACACCAAACUAGUGCUGGUGAGCAUUUUAGGACCUGGUUGUGCCUUUAAUUACAGAGAAGCCGCGGUGGGUUUUGUUUUUCUAAAGGCGGGGAAGUCUGUGGACCCAUGUGGGCCACGUGGCAGGAGUAGGUUAAUUAAUAUGGGGCUGGCAUGA